AUGUAUCCACUAACAGCUAAAGAAAAAGAAGACUUUGUUUGUGCAGUGAUGUGUCAUAUUUGUAAAAAACCAAUACGUCCACAGUUUAAGAAGGUUCGCGAUCACUGCCACUUAACUGGAAAAUAUCGUGGGGCUGCACACGAAUACUGCAAUCUCAUCUACCAAGACUGUAGUGUUAUUCCCGUUGUAUUUCACAACUUGAGUGGAUACGAUGCUCACUUCAUCAUUAGGGAUGUAGCUACACAAUUCAAUGGAAAAGUUAAAGUUCUUGCUCUCAAUAAAGAAAAGUAUAUUUCUUUCACAAAAUAUGUGGAAAAUACGCGGAUCAAAUUUCGAUUUAUAGACUCAUUCAGGUUUCUUGCUUCAUCUCUCGAGAAGUUAGCAUCAUAUCUCACCGAAUACAAGUGUAUCAAUGCUGAGUUUUUCGAUAUAGAGAGGGAAAAAAUUGAGUUGUUAACGCGAAAAGGUGUUUUUCCUUAUGAAUAUCUAGAUAAAAAAGAAAGACUUAGUGAAACGCAACUACCAGCGAAAAAACAUUUUUAUAGCACGCUAAACGAUUCCACAAUUUCUGAUGAUGACUAUAGACAUGCACAGAAUGUAUGGUCUGCAUUUGAGUGUCAAACUUUAGGUGACUACGUCAAAUUGUACCUCAAAACUGAUGUUUUACUUCUCGCCGAUGUUUUCGAGGGUUUUCGUGAGCAGUGUUGUAGUGUGUAUGAUCUAGACCCUGCGAAUUAUUACACAACACCGGGCCUAACAUGGGACGCUAUGCUUAAGUACACAAAUAUACGAUUAGAACUCUUCACUGACGUUGACAUGCUGUUGAUGAUUGAGCAAGGCAAACGAGGCGGUGUGAGUCAAUGCUCUAACCGUUACUCGGCUGCCAACAACAAGUACAUGACAGCUUACAACGAAAGUGAGGAGAGUGUGUACAUUGUGUACUUGGAUGAAAACAAUUUGUAUGGGUGGGCAAUGGGACAACCGCUUCCUCAUGGAGAAUUUGAGUGGGUGUCCAAUGUCGACGAUAGCUUUGAUUUUAAUAUUCCGGAUGAUGCACCAUUCGGUUACAUCUUAGAAGUCGACUUGGAUUACCCGCAAGAGCUCCAUGAUGAACAUAACGAUUUACCGUUUUGUCCAGAACAUGCGAGUCCACUAGGUUCAAAUCAAGCAAAGCUCCUUACAACCCUCUCACCGAAACAAAAAUAUGUUCUUCAUUAUCGCACUCUAAAACAAGCUCUAGCAAAUGGAUUAGUAUUGCGUCGAAUAUACCGUGUUAUUAAAUUUUCACAAUCAACGUGGCUUAAAAGUUAUAUCGACUAUAAUACUAAUCUUAGAGCAAAUGCAAAGAACGAUUUUGAAAAAAAUUUAUUUAAAUUAAUGAAUAAUGCCGUUUAUGGAAAAACAAUGGAAAAUGUUCGAAAAUAUGUAAAUGUUAAACUUGUGACAAAGUGGGAGGGAAGGUAUGGAGCUGAAGCUUUAAUAGCGAAACCAAAUUUUCAUAGUCGAGCGAUUUUCAGUGAAAACCUUGUCGCUAUUGAAUUGCGUAGAUUGGAAGUUCUGUUCAACAAACCCAUCUAUAUCGGCCUCACUGUACUUGAUGUGUCAAAGAUAUUAAUGUAUGAAUUUCACUACGACUACGUGCGUAAAAAGUAUGGUGACAAGUGUAAGUUAUUAUACACGGAUACAGACAGUUUCAUAUAUGAAUUAAAAUGUGUAGAUGUAUAUGAAGAUAUGAAGAAUGAUAUUCAGAAAUUUGACACUUCCGAUUACCCAGUAAACAAUGUGUAUGGAAUGCCGCAGGCCAACAAAAAAGUAUUAGGUCUUAUGAAAGAUGAAUGUAGUGGAAAAAUCAUAACCGAGUUUGUUGGUCUGCGGAGUAAAAUGUAUAGUAUACGCAUAAACGGUGUGGACGGAGUUAAAAAAGCAAAAGGUGUAAAAUCUAACAUUGUAAAGAAAACUAUUACUUUUGAUGAUUAUAAAGAGUGCCUUCGAGAAAAUAUAAAGCAAACGCGAACUCAACAUCUUAUUCGGUCGCGAUUACAUAAUGUAGAAACGAUUCGUCAAACAAAACUAGCACUUAGUUCUUAUGACGAUAAGCGAUUCUUACUGUCAAAUAGUACUGAUACCCUUGCGUUGGGACAUUUUAGAAUUAGAGAAGUCGAGGAAAAUGAUAUGGAAGAAUGA